AUGAGUGUGUGUGGUGGUGUGUGUGUCGUCCUGGGCUGGUUGGUUCUGAUCCUGGCUGGCCGUCAACUGACUGAGGGAACCGGUCUGCAGCUUCCAGGGGACUACUCCAUCUCUGGUCUCUUUCCCCUACAUAAGUUGGCCACCUCCAGCUCCAACCUACCAGACCUGGGAGCCUGUAAAGAGUAAGUCCAAUAGCAAAGAUCUCACAAGAGGACAUAUUUUGUUAAUCUAUUUCCCUGGAAUUUUAGUUAAUUAUAGAGAAUCAGUGAGUUAUUGUGACUUGAAUCAAACACUUUCUUUAAGUAAUGGAUUCAUGGUUUCAUUUCUUUUGAUUCUGCUUGCAAUCAAUUAUCCUAUUCAGAGGCAAAUCUAAUAAACAUGGCUAUCAUUUGAUACAAGCCAUGAGAUUCGCUGUGGAGGAGAUCAACAAUGGCACCAAAAACCAGCAUCUUCUCCCAGGGGUAACGCUGGGUUACCAGACGUAUGACACCUGCAACCUACCAGCCAGUGUGCUGGCCACUCUGGACAUGCUGGCCCAACAAUAUCCAGAGAACUUUAGGGAACAAGACAGGUGGUGACCAGAGGGCAGUGGCAGUGAUCGGGCCUGAUAGUAGCAGUUACACCUUCACCCCUGCUGCAGUGCUGGGCUCUUAUCUAGUGCCACAGGUACAGUGUAUUCUCUAAAUCCAGUUUUUGGUCACCAGUAAAACUGAUGCUAAUCUCUAUGCUCCUUAGACUGAGAAUGGAAUACAGUUGUGACCAUUUGUUUUAGUCUUCUAUUGCUCUUCAUUUUGAUCUUAUCUUAGGUUUUUUUGAACCUAUCUAUACUUUAUACUUUGUCCUCCUCCUCUUCUUUCUCCUCCCCCUCCUCCUCCUCCCUCUCCUCUUCCUCCUCCUUCCCCCCUCCUCCUCUUCCUCCUCUUCCACCUCCUCCAUUACUUCCCUCUCCUCCCCCUCCUCCCUCCCCUCCUCCUCCUCCUCCUCCUCCUCCUCCUCCUCUUAUCUGUGAUAUUUUUCCUAGAUCUCCUAUGAAGCCUCCAAUGAGAUGCUGAGUAACAAGCUCCUCUACCCAGCCUUCUUCCGCACCAUCCCCAGUGACAAGAACCAGGUGGACGCCAUGGUCCAGCUGCUGGUGCGUUUUAACUGGACCUGGAUCGUUCUACUGGGCAGCGACGACUCCUAUGGCCUCCAGGGCAUAGAGAGUCUCUCCCAUCAGGCUGCCCACUUUGACAUCUGCAUCGCCUACCAAGGGGUCAUCCCCGAACUCACCUCCGCCAACAACCAGACCAUGAGGAACAUAGUCAAGAACAUUGUGAAGACCAAGGUCAACACUAUUGUUGUGUUCUCCAGCAAGACCAAAGUCAGUCAGUUCUUCCCGUUUGUCAUAGAGCAGGGUGUAACUGGUAAGGUGUGGAUAGGGACAGAGGACUGGUCAGUGGCCACUCUAGUGUUGGGGAUACCAGGGAUCCGCACCAUUGGGACUGUACUAGGCAUCUCCAUCAAAUACGCAGCCUUAGCUGGGUUUGAGGAGUUCGAAAGCCAUGCUGUUCCAAAGUUACUUAGUGGCACCUCCAAUGGCACGAUGGACCUGAGUGUUGAAUGUUUGCAAAAUAUGGACCUCUCCAGCAUGGCAGCAGAAAACUUCUCUUUGGAGGACUAUGACAUCAAAUCCUCUUAUAAUGUUUACAAGGCUGUAUAUGCUGUGGCCCAUGCACUGCACCAAGCACUUGGUUGUGGCUUGGGUGAAUGCCAAAAGUCUGAAGUGCUACCUUGGCAGGUUAGUGUUUUCAAAAUGGUGGUACUGUAGUCAAAAAGUAAGUAAUGUUACUGUCUUGAAAGGAGGAGUUGUUGAACUGAUGCGUGGUUUUAAAAUUAAGUUCUGAGCUUAAAUAUGUCGUUUUUUAAUGUAGGAAUUGAUAAAGCUACACUGUAAGGUGUGUAUACCAUCAACAAGCCAACAACAAAACGUUAUUUUCACUCAAAAUCACAACUUAAAUGUCUCACAGAAUGGACUUGCCCUCAUCAAUACUGCAAUUCCAUUGUACUACUCUGGAGGGGGAUUCCUAGCCCAAUAUUGACUGCGGUCAAGUGAGCCUACACUCGCAAAACGCGGUCAAACCAUCUGCUCUUCAGUUUCUUCCUGAAUUUGCGUGCGCGAAUGCACUUUACGGAAUCGCGUUUUUCCGGCAGGGAAACUGAGUUGGAUGGACUCUAAUGCACAGAUAGUCGAGACGAUAGCUACAAAUCAUUCCAAGCAAACCAUUUGAAACAGAACUUAUUCAAUCUUCCAUAAUAAAAAUGAAACCAAAUCAUUUAUUUUCAUUUUCGCGUGAUAAAAAAAUUACUUUGUCAUGGGUAGAGUGAGGCUGCAGUAGUCUAUCGGGGUGCUGUUUAGCAAAUGUUAAAUUGUUAAAGCAAGAUGUGUUUACAGUCAUGACGUACACUAUAUAUACAAAAGUAUGUGGACACCCCUUCAAAUUAGUGGAUUCGGCUAUUUCAGCCACACCUGUUGCUGACAGGUGUUUAAAAUUGAGCACACCACCAUGCAAUCUCCAUAGACAAACAUUGGUAGUAGAAUGGCCUUACUGAAGCGCUCAGUGACUUUCAACGUGGCACCGUCAUAGGAUGCCACCUUUCCAACAAGUCAGUACGGCAAAGUUCUGCCCUGCUAGAGAUGCCCCGGGUCAAUUGUAAGUGUUGUUAUUGUGAAGUGGAAACAUCUAGGAGCAACAACGGCUCAGCCGCGAAGUGGCAGGCCACACAAGCUCACAGAACGGGACCUCUGAAGCGCGUAGCGAGUGAAAAUCAUCGGUCCUCGGUUGCAACACUCAAUACCGGGUUCCAAACUGCCUCUGGAAGCAACGUCAGCACAAGAGCUGUUCGUCGGGAUCUUCAUGAAAUAGGUUUCCACGGCCGAGCAGCCGCACACAAGCCAAGCGUCGGCUGGAGUGGUGUAAACGCUACAGCAUACAAUGAAAUUCUAGACGAUUUUGUGCUUCCAACUUUGUGGCAACAAUUUUGGGAAGGCCCUUUUCCUGUUUCAGCAUGACAAUGCCCCCAUGCACAAAGCUAGGUCCAUACAGAAAUGGUUUGACGAGAUCGGUGUAGAACAGAGCCCUGACCUCAACCCCAUCAAACACCUUUGGGAUGAAUUGGAAUGCCAACUGCGAGCCAGGCCUAAUCGCCCAACAUCAGUGUCCGACCUCACUAAUGCUCUUGUGGCUGAAUGGAAGCAAGUCCCCACAGCAAUGUUCCAACAUCUAGUGGAAACCCUUUCCAGAAGAGUGGAGGCUGUUAUAGCAGCAAACGGGGGACCAACUCCAUAUUAAUGCCCAUGAUUUUGGAAUGAGAUGUUGGACGAGCAGGUGUCCACAUACUUCUGGUCAUGUAUUGUAUCUACUGUAGCCCAAAGUUACUUUAUAAUUCUCUCACUGAAAUAAAUGUCUUUCCUGUUACCAAGUCAUUUACGGUUUCUAUGCCUUUAGUUUUCCUUGUGGACCAAUUUAUCUGUGAUUUCUGAAAUGCUAUCCAUGGAUUGUUCCAUAAGGUUGUGUUUUUAGGGAUUAAUUUUGAUUCUUGUAGAAUACGUUUCAUUUUCUUCAAUAUUGUUAUAGUGUUCUUAACUAUGAAGUUGUUAAUGUUCUUAGAUUUAUCCUUUGAAAAUUGAUACGUAAAAGUAUUCUGUGGAUGAGCAUGCGCAUCUUCAAUAUGUACCUAUUGUUCCUCUUUAGUGCAUUUAACUAUAUGUCGCAAGUAAAAGCCUUGGGUAGCGAGUUGAUACAAUUCCAAGUCUUUUAGGUUAAAACCACCCUCAGAUACUCACGAGUGGGUAUCUGAGAACUGCAUCGCAGUGCUUGAGGUGCCACUACAGACCCGGGUUCAAUCCCAGGCGGUGUCACAACUGGCCGUGACCAGGAGACCCCACAGGGGGGCCAGUAUGAAAAUGUAUGCACUCACUAACUGUAAGUCGCUCUGGAUAAGAGCGUCUGCUAAAUGACUAAAAUGUAAAAAGCCCACUCUAAAGAAAGGGAGUACAAGUCCACUACACACUUGAUUGCCAUGUACUAUUGUAAAUCUACAGUAAACCAUGUUUACUGUCACAGCUAUGUUCUUUAUCUUCUGUCUAUCCCUCAGCUUCUGCCACUGUUGAAGCAGGUGAGAUUCUCUGUUGGGAACUCCUCUAUUUACUUUUAUGAGAACGGAGACCCGCCCACAGGAUAUGACAUCGUAACCUGGGUUUGGAGGGGAACAGAGUGGUCUCUCCUUGAAGUGGGCUCUUACACACCAGACCCCACUGAACUAACAGUGGACCCUGCUCAAAUUGAAUGGGAUGGUGACAACGGAUACACAGGAAAAGUAAAGGCUCAGUAUUACAGCAUUUACACAGUAGUAUUAUAAUCAUACCCAUUGUCAGAUUACAUUUUAGAAUAGUUUUGGGUACUAUAUAAAUAGAAAGAGGAAACCCUGGUUAUAGGUGGACUAGGAACAUCGGUGUGUGUUUCUGGUUGUGUCUAGGAGGUGCCUCCGUCGAUAUGCUCCCCAGAAUGCCCUAAAGGACACAGGAAGCUGCAGACGGGACAACACAAGUGCUGCUUCGACUGCCUGGCCUGUGCUGCUCAAACCUUCCUCAACAAGACUGGUGAGAUUACAGAUUACACCAACCAGUUGUCUUGUAUGCUCAUCCAUUGUCCAAGCCAUGUCUGUUAAAGAAUAUUCAAUUUUUACUGUUUAAAAGUGUCCAGCAGGUGGCAUAUGUUGCCCUUCCAUAAACUGUCUCCUACAGCAGGUGGUAGCACUAGCUUUCAAGUUUCAAGUUUUAAUGUCACAUGCACACAAGUACAGUGAAAUGCAUUUCUUGCUAGCUCUAACCCCAACAAUGCAGUAAUCAAUAACAAUGUAAUACUACAAAUAACAAGGUAGAACUAAAACACACAAGAUGUAAAAAUAAGAAACAAGAAGAACACAAUAAAGUAAGUAAGCAUGCUAUAUACAGGGUCAGUUCCAGUACCAUAUUUACAAUGUGCAGGGAUACUGGAUCGUUAGAGGUCGAUAUGUAUAGGGGUAAGGUGACUAGGCAUCAGGAUAUAUGAUAAACAGAGUAGCAGCAGCAUAUAUGAUGAUUGUAUGUGAGUGUGUGUAGAGUCAGUAUAAAUGUAUGUGCAUAUUAUGUGUGUGAGCAAAUGAUGGAGUGAGUAUUUAUAUGUGUGUUGGAGUAUCAGUGGGUGUAGUGUGUAGGGCCCUGUCAGUGUGCAUAGAGAAUAAAAUACAAAGGUCAACUCAGAUAGUCUGUGUAAACAUUUUGUUAGCUAUUUAGUUAGCUAUUUAGCAGUCUACUCGAAUAGCACAUGAUGGGAAUACAGUCUCUGAUGAUGUUGUAAUCACUGCUAUCCAUUCAAUUAUGGGGAUGCUUUUAAUCUCAAUGUGUGAAUGUAGCUAAGCCCCAUCAUCUUUGGAAACUCUGCACUAUAAAUAUUGAACUGACCCCAGCAUUGAUGUUAUGGUAUGUCACUCCAUAGGAUCCACCAGGUGCCAGAAGUGUGAGCUUUACCAGUGGUCCCCAGCGGAGAGCGAGGUGUGUCUAGAUCGGACGGUCCUGCUGCUGGCCUGGGGUGGCCCCCUGUCUGUCGCCCUGCUGCUCCUCCUGGCUCUGACCCUGCUCAUGACCCUGGGGACAGGGGUCAUCUUCCUCCUCAACCUGCACACCCCUGUGGCCAAGUCGGCCGGCGGGCGCACCUGCCUGGUGAUGCUUCUAGCCCUAACCGCCGCGGCUGCCAGUGCCCUGUGCCACUUUGACCUCCCGUCUCGGACUGCCUGCCUUCUCAAGCAGCCGCUCUUCGUCUUCAGCUUUACCGUGUGUCUGGCUUGCGUCACAGUCCGCUCCUUCCAGGUGGUGUGCAUCUUUAAGCUGUCCUCCAAGCUGCCCCGGGCCUAUGAUACCUGGGCUAAGAACCACGGGCCUGAAGUCACCGUCUUCGUUGUUUCCAUGAUAGUGUUGUUGAUCUCUGUGCUCCGUGUUACUCUAAACCCCCCGUACCCCUCCCUGGAUGUGGCCUUCUACUCCGACAGCAUCGUCACAGAGUGUAGUAACACCCUCUCUUUCGGGGCCAUGAUAGAGCUAGCCUAUGUCUCUCUGCUCAGCAUGCUCUGCUUCUCCUUCAGUUACAUGGGCAAAGACCUGCCAGCCAACUACAACGAGGCCAAGUGUAUCACCGUUAGUCUCAUGAUAUACAUGAUCUCCUGGAUCAGCUUCUUCACAAUCUAUUUUGUCAGCAGGGGGGAGUUUGCCAUGGCCAUGCAUGUGCUGGCCAUAGUGUCCAGUGUGCUCGGUAUACUCAGUGGCUACUUCAUGCCCAAGGUCUACAUCAUUGUGCUGAGGCCCCAAAUGAACACAACAGCCCAUUUCCAAAACUGUAUUCAGAUGUAUACCAUGAACAAAGAGUGA